CCAACAAAAUAGUCCAAGAAGCAGGCUCCAACAGAAAGCCCAGUGGACGCAAGGCGAUCUUGCGCCCAAGAAAAACCGCACCUACUUCUUCAGUUUCCGUCUCUGGAAAGAAACGUGCUCCUGUGCUCGGGGACACAGAUUCGCUUCGCUUCGCAACUUCGCAUCCAACCGCGCCCCGCUUCAGCUCACCGGCGUCCGGCGAUGACGGGGUCUCGUGCCGCCACUGCCUGCGUUCCCUUCUUGCUCCUGUUCCUCCUCCUCGCGCGCGGCGCCGAGGCUGUCGGGCUCUGGCGACCGCCGCCGGCGGGGGGCUCGCUCUUCGGCGCCGCCCCAGGCAGGUACCUGACGCAGGAGGAGCACUGGAUGAGCCAAACCCUCGACCACUUCUCCCCCACCGAUCAUCGGCAAUUCAAGCAGCGGUACUACGAAUUUCUUGAUUACCAUCGUGUUCCGAAUGGGCCAGUCUUCUUAAAUAUAUGCGGAGAAUCUUCAUGCAAUGGAAUUUCUAACAGCUACUUAGCUGUGAUAGCCAAGAAGUUUGGUGCUGCUUUGGUUUCUCCUGAGCAUCGAUACUAUGGAAAGAGUUCCCCUUUUAAGAGUUUGACGACAGAAAAUCUAAGGUUCUUGUCAUCAAAGCAGGCCUUGUUUGAUCUGGCUGUUUUCCGCCAGUAUUAUCAGGAAACUUUAAAUGCCAAGUACAACCGUUCGGGAGCAGACAAUUCUUGGUUUGUGUUUGGAGGGUCAUACUCUGGAGCACUCAGUGCAUGGUUCAGAUUGAAAUUUCCUCACUUGACAUGUGGAAGUCAUGCAAGUUCAGGAGUUGUUCUUGCUGUUUACAACUUUACUGACUUCGACAAACAGAUUGGGGAGUCAGCUGGUCCAGAAUGCAAAGAAGCACUUCAAGAAACAACAAAACUUGUUGAUGGACAACUUCAGUCUGGCCGCAACUCAGUUAAACAACUGUUUGGAGCAAGAAUGUUACAAAAUGAUGGUGACUUCCUUUACUUACUGGCAGACGCUGCAGCUAUUGCGUUCCAAUACGGUAAUCCUGAUAUUCUGUGCUCCCCGCUAGUUGAAGCAAAGAAGAACGGUACAGAUUUGGUGGAAGCAUUUGCUCAUUACGUGAACAAGUAUUAUGUUGGAACAUUUGGGGCAUCAGUUGCAUCAUAUGAUCAACAGUAUUUGAAGAACACAACUCCGGCUGAAUCUUCAUAUAGAUUGUGGUGGUACCAAGUUUGCAGUGAGGUCUCAUAUUUCCAAGUGGCACCAAAAAAUGACAGUGUCCGUUCUGCAAAGAUUGAUACAAGGUAUCAUUUGGACUUGUGCAAAAAUGUUUUUGGGGAAGGAGUUUAUCCUGAUGUGUCCAUGACAAACUUAUACUAUGGAGGCACAAGAAUUGCAGGUUCUAAAAUUGUUUUUGCAAAUGGCUCUCAAGACCCAUGGCGCCACGCAUCUAAGCAGAAAUCGUCGAAAGAAAUGCCAUCAUACUUAAUCGAGUGCAGCAAUUGCGGACAUUGCAGUGAUCUCUCUGGAUGCCCUCAAGCACCUUCAAAUAUUGAAGGUGAUUCAUCCAAAUGCUCAUCUCCAGAAGCUGUGAACAAAGUAAGAAAGCAGAUCGUCGAUAACAUUGACUUGUGGUUAUCAGAAUGCCAAGAUCAAGGGCACGACAAAGGGCCUUCGAUGCGGACUAGAUGGAGCAUUGCUAGUUACUGAUCAAAGUUAACAAGCUAAUAUCGCUGUUAUUUACGCAAUAAGACAGACAGAAGAGUGUUCCAUGUCUGCAGCAUCACGGUCUUCGAUACUCUCCUGCUGACCACUGGCGGGAUCAACUAUGUCACCGUCGCCUCAAAAUCUAGGGGAUACUUGCGGAGUUCAGACCUGAGACUUGAGUCUGUCUGACACGGAAAAAAAUCAUUAUAUGUAAAAAUUGUAACCGAACUGUGCACCAGCCGAACUGAGACAUUUGACGAUACACAUGUAUCUAUGACUGAGAUACAAGAAGAUAUCCAUUACUCCCA